AUAUAAUUACUAAAAUAUAUAAUUUUUUUUUUUUGGGUGGCUAAUAUGUCUUUGCAUGAACUUUUCUCAUGACUUCUAUUUAAAGAGAGGAUAAGUUGAACGCUCAUUGCAGCUCAUUGCUUGUUCAGUACAACUUUCUCUUACUCAUCUGCAAAUAUAUUCAAGCUACUUUCCUUUCGCAAUUUCAUUGGAGAAAAAGACAGUAGGUAGAAUGGUGGGAAUUAAAGUCAUGGGCGCUUGUGUUGUGGUAGCUAUAGCAGUAUGGAUGGUGCUUGAACCAACUCUCGCAGCAUCAGAUAUAAGGAUAAGCUUCGACGUCGAAGGUGCUACAACAGCUACCUACUCACAAUUGUUGAAUGAUGUGCGUAACAAAGUGAAGGAUAAAAACAUUGUAUAUGGCGGCCUCAAAGAUUUACCAGUAAUGGCUGCACCUUCAGAUAAUUAUCUUUACGUCGAUUUAACGGCAUCACAGAAAAGGACAAUCACACUUGCUGUGAAUUUAAAUAAAGGUUUUAGUUUAUAUGUGAUUGCUUAUCUUGACAAAAUUAAUGGAAACUUUCGAUCACAUAUUUUUAAGGAUCUUCCCAACAAUGUUAAAGAUAAUCUCUUUCCAGAGGCGAAAGGUAAAGCUAAUCGUCUAAUUAUGAAUUAUAAAAGUGAUUAUGCAUCGAUUGAGAGUAAGGCAGGCUCUAGAAACAAAUUGGGAUUAGGAAAACAGCCACUAAACAUAUUCUUUAACAAAGUUUAUGGGAAACCCGUUGAUGAUAAGAAUCAAGCUAAAUUUAUGCUAGUUGUUAUGCAAAUGGUUUCGGAGGCAACACGAUUUGCAUACAUUGAGAACAUGAUUGUGCAAAAAUUUGAGCAAGAUAUUAAUGAAUGUUAUAAACCCGACUUCAAAAUGAUCGAACUUGAAAAGAGUUGGCAGAAGAUCACUGUAGGAAUUAAGAAUUCUAAGGGAGGUGAAAUCAAGCCGCAGCUAGAUUUAAGGGGUCCUAACAAUGAGCCUUGGCCAGUGACAAGAGUCGAUCAAAUUGCUAAAGACAUGGGGCUUCUAAAGUACGAAGGCGCUACUAAGACCGCUAACAAAGGAGUAUAUCUAGGACCUUUCAUCAAUAAAGUACAAAGACAUUUCAACCAGUUCCUUAGUUUUCUUAAAGCCAACAAUGGUAAUGACGAUGAUGAGGCUGAACAGUGAAACUCAAAGGAUUUGCUAUGGCUUUAUCGUGUAUGGAAUUUGUUCAUGAUGAGUAGAAGUUGUGUGAUCAUAUGAUGUUUAUUGUGUUAAUUAAGUGAAAUAAGUCAACAAUAUGUUGAGUAUGUAUUGCGUGUAAUCCCAAUUUCCUAAAUAAAAAUAAAAUUUAAGGACCGUCUCAAAUAAA